AUGUCCGACUCAGACGCUGAAAAGAAUAUUGAAAUUUGGAAAGUCAAGAAAUUGAUCAAAUCCUUGGAAAUGGCUAGAGGUAACGGUACCUCGAUGAUUUCUUUGGUUAUUCCACCAAAGGGUCAAAUCUCAUUGAUCCAAAAGAUGUUGACUGAAGAAUAUGGUACUGCGUCAAAUAUCAAGUCAAGAGUCAACAGAUUAUCUGUCUUGUCUGCCAUUACUUCUACACAACAAAAAUUGAAAUUAUACAACAGUGUACCAAGAAAUGGUUUGGUUGUCUAUUGUGGUGAUGUCAUUACCGAUGAAGGUAAAGAAAAGAAAUUGAACAUAGAUUUUGAACCAUUCAAACCAAUUAAUACAUCCCUUUACUUGUGUGACAACAAAUUCCAUGUUGAGGCCUUGAAUGAAUUGUUGGAAAAUGACGAUAGAUUUGGUUUUAUUAUUAUGGAUGGUAAUGGUGCCUUAUUUGGUGCUGUUAGUGGUAACACUAGAGAAGUCUUGCACAAAUUUACAGUUGAUUUACCAAAAAAGCAUGGUAGAGGUGGUCAAUCUGCUGUGCGUUUCUCCCGUUUGAGAGAAGAAAAGAGACACAAUUAUGUCAGAAAAGUCGCUGAAGUUGCUGUGCAAAAUUUUAUUACUGCUGAUAAAGUCAAUGUUAAAGGUUUGAUUUUGGCCGGUUCUGCUGAUUUCAAAACUGAAUUGUCUAAGUCUGACUUGUUCGAUAAUAGAUUACAAGCUAAAGUUAUUAAAAUUGUUGAUAUUUCCUACGGUGGUGAAAAUGGUUUCAACCAAGCCAUUGAAUUGUCUGCUGAAACUUUGGCUAACGUUAAAUUCGUCCAAGAAAAGAAAUUGUUGGAAGCAUAUUUCGAAGAAAUCAGUCAGGAUACUGGAAAAUUCUGUUAUGGUAUCGAAGACACCUUGAAAGCUUUAGACUUGGGUGCUUGUGAAAAAGUUAUUGUUUAUGAAAACUUGAAUAUUGUCAGAUACACAUUGAAGGAUAUUGAAGGUGAAGAAGUAAUUGCACACGUUAAUCCAGAAUUGCCAGAUAAAUCAUGGCAAUUGGACAAAAAGACUGGUACUGAAAUGGAAAUCGUUAAAGAAGAAUCAUUCUUGGAAUGGUUGGCAGAAAAUUAUAAAAACUAUGGUGCUGAAUUAGAUUUCGUCACUGAUAAAUCUUCUGAAGGUGCUCAAUUCGUCCAAGGUUUUGGUGGUAUCGGUGCUAUAUUGAGAUACAAAGUUAACUUUGAGCAAUUGGCCGACGAAUCAAGUGAAGAUGAAUAUUACGAUGACGAUGAUGACAGUUUUAUUUAG